CGCGGGGUGGCGGGGCGCGCGGACCCGGGAGGCCCGGCGGGAGGCGCGGACGCCGCAGCGCGCGCGCCUGAGGGGAUUUCUCGGGGCCGGAAACUGAAAGUCGGAGCGGGCCCCACGCAGGAAGGGCGUGGGCUUGGUGGGCUGCGGCGCUCAUGGCUGCAGCCAGCGUGACCCCUCCCGGCUCCCUGGACCUGCUGCAGCCCGGCUUCUCCAAGACUCUCCUGGGGACCAAGCUAGAGGACAAGUACCUGUGCUCAGCCUGCAAGAACGUGCUGCGCAGACCCUUCCAGGCUCAGUGUGGGCAUCGCUACUGCUCCUCCUGCCUGAGCAACAUCCUGAGCUCCGGGCCCCAGAGCUGCGCCGCCUGCGUGCACGAGGGCAUUUACGAGGAGGGCGUCUCAAUCCUGGAGAGCAGCUCGGCGUUCCCGGACAAUGCUGCCCGCAGGGAGGUGGAGAGCCUGCCGGCCGUCUGCCCCAGUGAGGGCUGCUCCUGGAAGGGGACUCUGAAGGACUACGAGAGCUGCCACGAAGGACAGUGCCCAUUCAUGCUGACCGAGUGCCCGGCCUGCAAAGGCCUCGUGCGCCUGGGCGAGAAGGAGCACCACCUGGAGCACCAGUGCCCGGAGCGGAGCCUCAGCUGCCGGCACUGCAGGGCGCCCUGCUCCCCCGCCGACAUGAAGGCGCACCACCAGAUCUGCCCCAAGUUCCCCUUGACGUGCGACGGCUGCGGCAAGAAGAAGAUCGCCCGUGAGAAGUUUCAGGACCACGUCCGGGCAUGUGGCAGAUGCCGAGUCCCGUGCCGAUUUCACGCUGUUGGCUGCCCCGAGAUGGUGGAGAGCGAGCAGCAGCCGGAGCACGAGGCGCAGCGGCUCCGGGAGCACCUGGCCCUGCUGCUGGGCGUCCUGCUGGAGGCUGGGCGGCCCCCGGGGGACAGCCGCCCGCUCCUCAGGCCAGGCGAGGGCGCCUGGGAGGCCGGCACACCCUCCAGGGUGGCGGAGCUGCUGCAGAGGUGCGAGGCCCUGGAGCGGAAGACGGCCACCUUCGAGAACAUCGUCUGUGUGCUGAACCGGGAGGUGGAGCGGGUGGCCGUGACGGCUGAGGCCUGCGGCCGGCAGCACCGGCUGGACCAAGACAGGAUCGAGGCCCUGAGCAACAAGGUGCAGCAGCUGGAGAGGAGCAUCGGCCUGAAGGACCUGGCCGUGGCCGACCUGGAGCAGAAGGUCCUCGAGAUGGAGGCGUCCACCUUCGACGGCGUGUUUGUCUGGAAGAUCUCGGACUUCUCCAGGAAGCGCCAGGAAGCCGUGGCAGGCCGCACGCCCGCCAUCUUCUCCCCAGCCUUCUACACCAGCAGGUACGGCUACAAGAUGUGCCUGCGCGCCUACCUCAACGGGGACGGCACAGGGCGCGGCACACACCUGUCCCUCUUCUUUGUGCUGAUGCGCGGCCCGCACGACGCCCUCCUACGCUGGCCCUUCAACCAGAAGGUGACCCUGAUGCUGCUGGACCAGAACAACCGGGAGCACGUGAUCGACGCCUUCAGGCCCGACGUGACCUCGUCCUCCUUCCAGAGGCCGGUCGGCGACAUGAACAUCGCCAGCGGCUGCCCACUCUUCUGCCCUGUCUCCAAGAUGGAGGCCAAGAACUCCUACGUGCGUGACGACGCCAUCUUUAUCAAGGCCAUUGUGGACCUGACCGGGCUCUAGCCGCCUCUGGCGCAGCGCGGCCCUGCGCUGGCUGCGUGCCUGCUGAGCUCAGUCCUGAAGGGCCCGUCCUGAGCGGGGCCGUGUGUCCCUGGCAGCUGCGCCCCACGGCCCUGGAGCCCUCAGCCCACAGCAGGGCGGCCGUGGCUAGGAGCCCGGGAGAGGAGGGUCGGCCUCGGGCCUGGCUGCCGCUCGGAGGAGAGCCCUGCUGGGCCAGCCUGACAGGCUGCACGCGGGGGGUGCCCCAUGUCCCCGGCCCUGCGGGGUGUGUGGGGGGCCCAGCCCUGCCAAGAGACACGUCAACUUUCCCGUCCACGCGGGGAGGUGUUAGCAAACCCUCAGCUCUCUGUGCUGAGUGCUGUCCUGGCUCCGGCCCUGGGGGCAGUGACCCUGGCCGUCUCCCUGAGCGUCCCGUGGCUCCUGGACACCGCGGACCUCAGGGAAAUCGGCUGUUCUCCUGGGAGACUGCUUGUUGGGCAGCUUCCCUCCCUCAGGUGUCACCAGGGGCUCCGUGGAGAGCAGGGCCCCCGGCCUGGAAAGUGUCAGUGGCUUUGUCUUCAGUGGCGGCCUGAUGUGGUGUUGCCCCAGGAGCAGCCUCGCCCGCCCUGGGGGUCCCCUUGACAGCGGCAGAGCCCGGGCGGCCUGAGCACGGGGUGCAGCUGGUGGGCCCCGGCCGGGCACAGGCCCUGGCCUCUGGCUGUCCACACCCAGCUGUGCUCGUGACUGCGACUGGGAGACUGGAGGGCCAGGUCCUCAGAGACCCCGGGGCCCGCAGGACACGCUCAGCGCUGCCACUCACUUCUCUGGUUUGAGACGUUAAUCAGCAGCACAGCACGGAGAGCUAUAAACUCCGUGCCCAGAGUUAGCCAUGUCCACGUUUUGAAUUACAUAUUUUAAUUAAAAAGAGGCGUUGCAGAAAA